GAAUAUUCUCAGCAAGUACACAUCUCUCAAUCCUUCUAGUAGCCCAAUUAAAUAGGUUAUCCACAUGCGAUGCGUUUCAUUGGCGAGUAUGUCAUACCUAAAAUGUACAUGUAUGCAUCUGCAUUUUGCGUGAAAGGAAUGUAAAUAAUGCGAAUGGUAUGCUCCUUGCUAAUUCAGUUUUAUCUGUAGGUAAUUGGUAAGUGAGUUUUCCACGUUUAUUACAUGUUACUGUACAAGCAUGCAACAAAACAGCUUUGUCUUUACAUACGUCUAUAUAACCAAAUUUGCUAUGGGGUACCAAUCACAUUUUGGGUGUAUAUAUGUAUAAAUAAAGUAAAACUGGCUAUCGGAAAUAUGGCGGACGGGUUACAUGGGUGUCGCGUUGUAGACUUCCUGUUACCUUUAAAGUAUAUAAAACCAGUGCUGCUUAGAGAAUCUUCCCACUAAAGGUUUUAUAUAGAACAGCUUUACCCCGGAAGUUAUUCAUUAGAAUGCCAGCCUUCGUCCCGGAAGUUUUCUCUCCAGUUUUCUCUACAGUCAAUUGACUCCGUGCUUUAUAUCUGUAGAUUUCAUUUCCUUAAUUAUAGUCAAUUAUCUCUGGGAAAAUUUUCGGUUCAGCUAAAUCUAUUCAUUCAGUAAACAAUGGAAGGGUACAUGACUUAGUUACAUACAAUAACGUAACAUAAGAUGGGUUAAACAUGUCUACUUCUACAGGAAGUGAUGUUUGUAGUUAUAAAUUUUACAAACGUUUUUCUUGAUUUAUUUGGAAACAAUGUUCGAUUUGUAAAUUCUGUAUAGCACUCCUUUUGCAGAUCCCGAAAUAUUUAUAUGGAACAUGCUUGAUAUUAAUUUUCCAUUCGAAGAAAAAUCUGUUUGAACUAUCUAUCCUAAACCCAGCCCGAUAAUCGAUUUUUUUUUACUGCUUUUAAACAGUUAGCCUAAUACAUUUCAUAAAUUCAUAUACAACAAUAAAAUUCAAAACAUUAUGUUUUGACAGAGAACAAGGUAGGAAAUAUUGUUUAUUUAUAUAUGAUAUCUUAAUAUGGUUUCCUUUGUCUGAAACAACACGGACAGUUCACUGAGAUAAUAUGAUUAGGUGUAAAUUCAAAUACAUGUAGCUCAGCGCUUAUCGUUUCGCUCUUGCAGAAAUUAAGUUAAGGCCUACCACGUAUAUGUACAUAGAAAAAAAAGAUGGUUUAAUUUAUAAAUGUAUGUUGUACAUUGAAUGAUUGAACAAAUUAUGUUUUAUAUAUUACUGAUUAUGAAAUAAAUCGUAGGCAGGGUUACAAUGUAUUUCUCUAAGGUAGACAAUUGUCUGACGAUGAAUGUUCAAUGAAUACAUUGCAGUGGUUGACUAGAUCAUCCACGUGAAUAUGUAAUUAUUCACUGAGAUUCCCCGUCCAGGUAAGACAGUUAGUACGAUAAAGAAAGUUUAAUCUUAUACGUACAUGUAUAUGUAACGUGUAUUGAAUUGAAAGUCUUUUCAAAAUUUCUGUAGCAAGACACCAUACUAUCAAAGGAGUUAUUUUUGUGUUCUAAGUUUGAAAGUUAACAUCCAACUGAAAGUUAAAGAGAAAAUAAAAUCUUUUUCGUUAUCUAAAAAGCUAUUCCCCAAUGCAUUGCUUUUUUCGAAUGUGAAUAACCAAGGAGAGUGACAGUAAAAUGCAUACUGUAUAUGUGACAUAAGAUACCAAAGUUAAUAUUAACGUCACCUUUGUUUAUUAUAUUGACCCCCACCAUAUUGUAGACAUACUGCUACCAUGUAGAUAAAGAAUGAUGUCCUAUUUAUAGGUAUUAUAAGGAGUAUGUAAUAUCCUAUCUAAUGAAUGUUAUCAUAUCUUUACAUUGAUUUAUUAGUUAACCGCAUUUUUUUUUGGGGGGGGGGUCCUUAAUUAAGAAAGUUUGCUGCAGAACUUUUGAGCACACCUGCGCAGGAUGCUACAACUAAGUAUUUACUGGUUCAAUACUGAACCCAUUGGUGCAAACGUAUUACACAUCUAUUUUUAAAGUUGAAAUUUUUUUUUGAUGUCAAUUCAAAUUUUGAAAGAGUUUGACAGGGACUAUAUUUUGUGAUGAAAAGAUUGAUCAAUCAAAAAGUUCUAAUUCUGCAUGAUUUUCAUAGUAUCUUUUUCAUCCAAUUUACCCUCUAAUUUUAUACUCCUAUACGUGUGUUUCAAUUUUAUGAUUUAUGAUACAAGUAGUUGAGACUUGGAACUAGUUCAAAUGUUGUAAUCUAUUAUUAUGGUUGAUAUAUUGUCCCAAACAGAACACAGAUUCUUAUAAACGUUUAAAUUAAUUUAAAAAUAGAAAUUCAGUAUUUUCGCCAAUUAUUUAAAAAUUUGAUCUCCAACCACCACUUUUUCAGUUCCAUCACAACAAGACCUUAAAAAUAAUGUAAAAGUUUAGAAAUUGACAUUACUCCUAAUAUGCCCUUUUAAACUCUCAAUUUUGAUAUCAUAAAGUUUUUCGUAUAUCAGGUGCAAAAGUUCCAGCUUGCAUAUUCUUAACUUUCGCUUCCUAAGGAAUGUUGCAACAUGGCACAACAGACAGUUGCGUCACAUUGACCAUAGUAAACUACACCUUUUUUCCAGUGUUUACUUCUAAUUAGUUACAUAUCGUUCAACGAUCUAGUCAGCAAUCUUGUUUUCAUCUUCUGUAAUUGAUGUACAUACUUAUAUCUGGUCUUUGAUUGUUGGUGUUUUUUUUGGUGUUUUUUUUUGUUUUGUUUUGUUUUUCUUUUUUUUUCUUUUCUUUUUUUUUUUGUUCAUUUCUAAUUAUAAUGCUAUGUAUUUUUAUACUUGUGUAAUUUUUUAAUUAUUUGAUUUCUUUAUUGUUCAUGUGAUCUCCCAUGGGAGGAAAUAAAGAAUGAAUGAAUGAGUAUUUUGGUCAAUAAUUGACAAAUUUAAUCCAUAACCCCCAUUCUUUAGUUCCAUUUAAAUUUUAGGACAGGACUUUGAAAAUCAUGUGAAAUUUCUAAUAUAUCCUUUUAAACUCUCAAAUUCGAUAUCGUGAAGUGCAAAAAGGUCAUUAUUUAUUCCCAUUACUAGUAUUAAACUUUGUUUUAUAUCUGUAUUGUUAGAAGACAUGCUUACAUGUGUGUAUCCAUUUUAUGUAAUGAUUGAUUUGUGUUGCUUAUUUUGUGUUGACACCAACAGACAAAUCAAGUUUAAACGAAUAAAUCUUGAGUAAAUGUAAAGUGCAAAAAGGUAAUGUUUCAUUAAAACACUGUAGCUCAAUAACACGCAUUGUGACCCUAGUUUUUUUUUUAAUUUUCUAAUUAUCCUUUUAUGUAGAAAUCAAAAAUACACUUUCAGUCUUUGAUAUGUGUAAUCAGUGUUUUUAUACUUGAUAGAGGACGACCAUUACUGAUUAGAGUAGAGUAGUUAGAGUAAAUUAUAUAAUAUAUGGAGUCGACUUAUAAAAUUCAGUGGAACAGCUGUACAUCAUAAUCAUUUUCAGAUUUGUCAAUACAUUUGUAGUGUAGAUAGUUCAUGUACAUGUAUAUGCCGAAUAUUCCAUACGUUGCACUGUUCGUAAUGCUAUGUGACACACGUUUUGUUCUCAGGUACAACUUUGAGAUUAUGCAAUUCGUCUGAACUUUACAUGUAGGUUCAUGUAAGUGAACAGAGUACUAUUUAUAUUGUAUUUUCUUUGUCAUUUUUUACUUCUUUCAAUAAAGGAAGUAUUUUAUUCUUCAAAGAGUUGUAUAUUUUACUCCAUAUAAAGGUAGACAGUCAUAAUACAAUAUGUUCUGGAGUCUAUAAUUGUGUCAUUUCAUGUGUUUUAUCAGAGACACACUAUUUGGCUUUCACUUCCUACGAUAGACAUGUCCGACAACUCGACCGGACCGGAAGCGACGCACUAGAAAUACAUUGUACAUUGUACAUCUAACCUCUGAACUCUGAUACGUAGAAGAUUAUGGUUUGCUUUCUCACGUGUAACCUGUUUGAUACGGGGGUAUUGAAGCACACACUUUCAGUAUUCUGAUUGUAUCGUAUCUUAUCUUCGCCUAUUGUUUCAAUUGUCAUAACUAGCGAUAAAAUGGUAGGUGAUGACCCGGCGCCUUCACUGAUCACACAUUGCAAGCUUAAUCUACAAUGCACAUUUAGCUUCACCUGAUUAAGGAUAUUUGACAGAAAAGUUAGAUAAUAACUAAGAACUAUGGAUCAUAGUGAGAAGGCCAAACUUUUGAAUGAGGAUGAAGACGAACCUAAGACUGUUAAAUUACCUAUCACUGGGUUUGUCAUAGGGAUAAUUGUAUUCGUUCACAUGGCGUCCUUCACCAUCCUUGUGUUUGACCUUAGUCAGUAUACCUAUAGUGUAUAUAAAGACCAAGAGUUCCCGAAUGCAACAUUGAAUAAGUCCGAUAGAUCACUUUGUGAAACUAACACGAGUUCAAAAGAAUUUCAAAUGGACCAAACUAUACAGUCUGACACAGCAAGAUGGACUGUUUAUAUAUCCAUAGCGGGGGGAAUACCUGCUAUUUUCACCGCACCUUUGAUAUCGUCAUUGAGUGAUAGAUUUGGAAGGAAGAAAACUCUCCUCGUCCCGUUGUUUGGAUCUUUGGUAAAAAGCGGACUAUGUUUCCUGAACAUCUUUAUGAACUAUAAUGUAAACUUUUUCAUUAUAUAUCUGUUUAUUGAGGGCUGCACCGGAGGGUGGGUUUCCUCCGUUGCCAUAUGCUCUUCCGGUUUCGCUGACAUCACAAAACCAGGAAAACAAAGGUCAUUUGCGUUUGCCAUUCUUGGCCUUGGGGUCGGGGUUGGAUUCUUAGCGGGCACUUUGCUUUCAGGGUAUUUAAUAGAAGCCUUCGGUUUUAACAGCCCCGUUAUUACGUCGGGAGCCCUGGUUCUGAUAGGGAUACUACUAACACUGUUUGUUCUUAAAGAACCUUUAAAAGAAGAACAUAGAGUUACAUCAGUUCAUCCACUACGUCAAAUUAAGGAGUCUUUAGAUAUGUAUAUUCAUGGAAACAAGGAUCCAAAUUAUGGUCGACAAUGGCAGUACAUAAUCCUUAUAUGUGCAUUUAACUUAUUAAGCAUGGCGGCAUUAGGAAAAACCAAUGUUGAGAUUCUGUACCAAAUCGGUUCCCCUUUUUGUUGGAACCCAAUUAGGAUAAGUAACUUUGGCACCAUUCGCAGUGUCAUUCAGGAGUUUGUGGGUGUCUUAUCCAUACGAUUAAUGCAGUGCUUUAUGUCGGAUGAUUUCAUAGCGGUCAUUGGAACCAUUUCUGCUAUUGGUUACUUCGUCAUGGAAGCCUUGUCAAAAACAUCUUUUGAACUGUACAUGGUCCCUGUUGUUGGGUGCCUUGGUAUAAUAGAAGUCACGAUGAUCAGGUCUAUCAUGUCUCGGCUAACACCUCCUGACAAACAAGGCUCAAUGUUUGGCGGUAUAGCCUUAUUCGAGAACGUCUGCUUUAUGGUUGGGUCUGUGGCUGGAGGCGCCAUCUAUUCAGAAACCGUCAGUUUCCUCCCGGGGUUUGCCUUCUGGGUAAUGGCGGGAUACAACGUCAUCGCUUUGUUCCUUCUUAUAAUAUUCUAUGUGGCCUCCAAACGAGUUCAAAUAUAUCACAGGGAUAUUAAUGUCGCUUAAUUCUACAAAGUAUCUACCUCGGAAAACACAUGGAAUCUGGACUGCUCUGGGGGUUUUUCUUCUACCUCUCUGUUUCAAUAUAAAGGAAUUCAACGCUUUUAUUAGAUUUGUUGCCCUUACAAUUUUACUAUUAUUUUUGUAUCGAUCGAUAUAACUAAUGAUUACAAGUGUAAUGCGGCAUUAACAUAUUUAACUUUGUAAGCAAUGCUUUAUUCGGUUAAUAAUGUCGUUUUCUCACUAAUUUCUAGUUUUUCAUGGUUCUAACGUCUCCAUAUGAGUGAAAAUUUGUCGAGUGGGACGUUAACCAAUAUACAAUCAAUCAAUCACAGUUCUAUUUAGUAUUUGUUUUUCACAGCACUCUCCGUUUUUGAUUAUACCCCGCAAACAAAAUCUAUGUGCAGGGAUACUGGAAUGACCUUGUUCGCCUCUCCGUCCGUAGACACCAUUUGUCCAGAGUAUAUCACCAAAGAACAGAUUAGAUUAAAACUUUAUAUAUAUCAAAUGAAUAAUGAAAUUGUGUAUCUGAUAUUUUAAUUCAGGUUCUUAAACAUUCUAGGAAGUUAUGGGUAUUUUUUUCAUUUUGAGGGGUGUUGUCAUUGUACAUAGUAUAUCUUAAAAGUCAAUUAACACUUGAUCCUACCUGAUUAUACCUCUGUUUGUUAUCUUCACCUUUUAUUUCAUUCAUAUUAUGUAUAUAGUAAUGUUGUUCACCUGUCAUUUUCAUUGAGAUAGAUUAACAUUAAAGGAAGUUAUAGAUAUUAUCGACACAGUUAUCUUAUUUUAGAUUUCGUAACCACCUGUUUUCUUACAGAGGUUUAGGAGACGGUAUAAUGGAAUCAUCAGUCCAUUUUUCUGUCUGUCUCCUAUCCGUCUGUUGAUAUGAUUUUGUCAAAGACAUUUUUCAACUUGAGCAUAUAAUUCCGUGAAAAUUUGUACACUCUUUAUUAACUCCGCGCAACAGAGCAUCUCUCCAUGUCCAAAGGUUGUGCUUAUUCUUCAAUGAGCACACAUUCACGAUUUCCCACCACUACGGGAGUAUCAGUCUCGUUAGGAUAGUUCUAGUUCUACUUUGAAAGUGUAUUUCCUUGUAUAUUUUGUUUGAUCACUUCUUGAAAUUAAGAUGUGUCGUUAUUGUAUUUCAGUUUUGCCAUAUGUAUUGAAAUUUAUUUAUUUUGCAAUAAAUUAUUGGUGGUUUUGUC